AUGGCUAAACUUACGCCUAGCCAAGAACAGGAAUUACGCGAUGCAUUCAAUCUUUUCGAUAGAGAUCAUUCUGGAAAAAUUACGAAAUCAGAAUUGCGAAAACUCUUACGUGCAUUAAAUGUAAAAGCAACGGAUAGUGAAGUACAAAGAUUAUUACAUCGAAUGGAUACUGAUAAUAGUGGAGACAUCGAUUUCAAUGAAUUUAAAAACGCAAUGGCUAGGCCAUUUUUUAAAAAAUAUUCUCGAACGGAAGCUAUGGAUGCAUUUAAAAAAUUCGAUGUUGAUGGAAAUGGUUUUAUAUCAAGUAAAGAACUCGAGAAUAUCAUGUCACGUAUGGGAAAACAUUUGAGUCAAAAGGAACUUCAAGCAACUAUUUCAUCGUUAGAUUUAAAUAAAGAUGGGAAAAUUUCGUUUGAUGAAUUUUGUGCCUUAUUCGAUUAA